GGGAUAGUAGUUAGUAAUCAGUAGCGCGAUCGAACCCUAAAAUCCAAGGAAGUCUGAUUUUGGUAAAUCAUACAAACAUCAACAGCAUUCUCUUUCUCAUUGAUUUUUUCGCCUUCGGCUCACGCAAGACGACAAGAUGAUGUCUUCCAUUGGUCACAACUACUGAAGUAUGCUGCAUUACGAAGCGAGACUGUUGCAGUGAAUGGUUUGUGAUCGGAGAGAUGGAAUUCAAAACGCGUGAUUACAGAGCCGAAGACAAAGUCUAUUCACUUACCCGAAUUUCGGUUUCUUCGCAUCCUCUCUGCUCGUCAGCAUCUUCAUCCUUAUUACAUACACAGGAUCAUGGGAGCACUGAAUUCUUUGAUCCAUUAAGGGGGCUAUCAACAGAAACGUUGGAGCCAGUUGAAAAUACGGCAGUUGCAGAAAAGCUUCCUGCUACCCAACCAACCUCUCAUCUCUCUUCAAAGAAGGAGUGGACAUCCUUUAAUAAGCUACUAAUGCAGAGAUUUCCUGUCCCAAAAAUGAUUUCAGUUUCUUCGUUUUCAAGCAAAACCAUAAAAGGCGGCAAGGCAAGUGGAGAACUAUCAUCAAAUAUUCAGUCAGAUGAAUUGAAUGAUUCUCAAAAGUUGAAGGAAGGAGGAUUCAAGAUUGUUAGCCAGCAGGAGUACAUUAAACGGAUGCAUGGACUUAAAGAUGAGAUCAUGCGUUCUUGGCAUUCUGAUGAUCGUGUAACAACCUUAAAGUUGUCAAUUAAGGUUGCUAGGCUUCUGAUGGACACAUCUGUGGCACAAUUUUAUCCAACAUUAUUUGUUCUUAGUGCUGAUAUAAUGGACAUGCUUGGUGAUAUGGUAUGGGAUCGGAUUAAACAGAAAGCCGAGUUUGCAGAUGAUGGAACUAAAAUAUGCUCUUUAUCAGAUGACUUUGAUGCAAAUAGUAUAUGCUUUGAAGCUAAGGAGACAUGCAACAAUUGGUUCAGAAAAAUUGCUUCCAUCCACGAGCUUCUUCCACGCAUCUAUCUUGAGCUUGCGAUAUUGCCAUGCUGGCGAUUUUUGCAUGAUAAUGUGAUGGAUGACCUCAUGCGAUUGGUUACAAUGAUAAGAGGGGUUGCAGAUCCAUUAGCAUCAGCCUACUGUCGCUUCUUUUUGCUUCACUGUGCCCAAAAACUUCCCCAACUCGAUACAGGGCAUCUGAUAGCAUGCAUUAGUGACACAAAAGUUGUACUUACACGGAUUGUAUCCAUGAAAGAAACCAAGUAUGGGAACUUUUUGGGAGAUCGAAGGUUGGUUAUCAGCUUGAUGGAACCAACAAUUGAGUAUACUAUGAAAUGCAUUUUUAGGGACCCAAAUCAGGUUGCUGAUAUGAUUGUGAGACUUGGAUUAGGGAAUAAUUCUUUGGAGUUAUAUGGAGAAGUUCCUUGGAUAUCGAUUAUUCUCCAUUAUUUACUCAGGGAACUUCCAACUGAUGUAGUAUGUUCCAAUGCUGUAGAAUUUCUUCACCUUGUUGACUGCAGCUCUGAUUAUUCGUUUGACCAGUGUUUAAAUUACAAGGUGCUUGGGCUGAAGCUUUGCGAGGGAAUAUCUCAAGUGAACACAGUUGAUGUAUUAAUUGAUGAAGUAAUUCAGGUUGCUACAAAAAGAAAGAGCCUUGAUGAGUACUUGAAGAUCUUGGAUGCCUAUAUGGAUAUUACUCUUCAAUAUAAGACUGAUCAGUAUCUAAGCUCCAUUCUAAGUGAAAUAUUUGAGAGAUUAUGCAAUGAAGUGGUUACUGAAGAUGAACUAGCUAGCCUGCAAUCAAUUAUUGUGAAACUGGUCACACAUUUUGAUGAUAUGAAACAUGUUUUUGAUCUGAACUAUGUUGUUGACAUAUUAGAUGUAAUGCAUGGAAGCUCAAGAAGCAUUGUGAGUAUGCACAUCCUCAAUAAUGCCACAAGAAAUGAUGACAUCAGUGAUCCUACCACAAUAAAACUUCUUUUUGAUGUUGCCCAGUCUCUGCAUGAUAGUGUUGAUUUCUCAAGCACAAAACAGGAUGAUAAUCAACAAGCUGAGCGAUUAAUUGUUCGUUUUAUAGAUAAGGUUGACCAUGGUGUGGAUUUGGACCGAUAUUUGACUUUCUUGAUUGAGUGUCGUGGAGCUUUCAGCAGCAUGAAUGAUCUGAAGGAGAUUCUUGUUCAUUCCAGCAAUCUUUUAGCAACCAGAGCUUUAAGAUUGAGAGAGAAAAAAGAUACUUCAAAUUUUAUAAAAUCCUGCAUUACUUUUAAUGAAGUUACAAUACCCUGUAUUCCAUCUUAUUCCAGGCAGUUAAUCUUAUACCUUGAGACCGCAGAGGUUUCUUUGUUGGGUGGUUUGAUUUCUCAUUCAGAUGGGCUUUUAGACUCUGCUAUCAGCUGCUUACAAGAUGUUAACUUGGUAGAUGGCAUGCGUAAGAAUGAAGAUGCUGAUGGUAUUGUUUCCUUAAUGAGAAAGCUCUGCAGCUUCAUGCUUAUGGUUCCAGGUAAUUUGGAACAAGGAGUUACCUACAUUCCAAAGAACAUAUUAUCCUUGCUUGAUUCCCAAUCAUGGAUUACACCAAAAUUAAGGAUACGGGUUUUAUGUUCACUUCUUUCCUUAUCUGCAACAUUUUCUCAAAAUGAGCUCCCUUAUCAUCCAAUUCAUGAAGAGGUUUUUGGCAAUGACAGUUUAUUCUUUGGUGAUGCAAGAUACAGCCAAGAACUUGUAUCAUUAUCUACUCUUAUUCUUCAUAACAUGGUUGAUAUUAUUCCACAAGAAUCUUCACAGGCUACACGAGGAAACUUGGCACUUGAAGCUUGCAACUGUAUUGCCAUGUCUUUCAAUGUGAAUCAGGAGAUAUCUUCCGUAUGCUCUAAGUUGGUGGAGAUCGCCAGAUCAUGUCUUGGGCCUGCUGAUAAAUAUUUGCAAUCGACUAUCAAUUUUGUGCAUAAACAGUCCCCGGUGUCUGUUGGGGGAAAAUGAUUAUCGAUAUCUAUUUACACACUUUCAAAAAAUAUAUAUGUUUAUAAUAAGAACCAAGUUUUUUGUUGUAUGUAAUUGGGU